ACAGAGAGCAUUUUCUAUGGAUGACAGGAUAGCGUGGACACAUGUCACCAUCCCUGAAGGCCUGAGGGAGGGCAGAGUGGUGGAUGAGUGGUUCAGCCUGAGUGGACGGCAGGGUGACGACAAGGAGGGCAUGAUCAACCUGGUUAUGUCUUUUACUUCUUUACCAGCAGGAAUGAUGACUCAGCCUGUUGUCUUCAUGCCAUCUGUGUAUCAACAAGGAGUGGGAUACGUGCCCAUCACAGGAGUUCCUGCAGUCUACAACCAGGGCAUGAUGCCUAUGGCAGUGCCAACUACCAUGCCAGCAAUUGGGAACCAGGGCCUACCAUGCACUGAGCAGGACCUUAAGGCUCUGCAGGACAUGUUCCCCAACCUGGACAAAGAGGUGGUUCGCACUGUACUGGACGCACAGCAAGGCAACAAGGAUGCUGCCAUCAACUCUCUGCUGCAGAUGGCUGAGGAGCUCUAACUAUACAAGACAGUCUGAUACCAGACAUGCUAACAGAUGCAUGCAUUCACAGUGAAAGUAGUCUAUAUACAGAGCUCCGCCCCUUCUCUUAUAGACAUGUUUAUAGUCCUCCCACAGUCAUAUACUCUCACACACUGCAGCAGCAGCUGAGGUCUUUGUUUCCAGUUCAAAUAAGGUCCCUAGUGCUUAAACACAACUCUGCUCCCGAGUUCUGACAGAGUCGUUUUGGUGUAGCCACUCAGUGGGUGUUCUCCCCUCUAAUCACAGGAUCGGAUUUUCACAGCCCACCAAAUAUUCAUGUUGAUGCUUUUGUAAACAGUUUGUUUUGCCAUAACUGCAGUAAAUCACAACCUCCUGUAUUAUUGGUAUCUGUAAAGUGUGUAGUGCAUUUCAAAUCAUUCAUUGUGUAUAUAUAUAUAGAAAUGUAUGCAGUAAUAAUAAUGAGUGAAUGAC